GGAAACAAAAGGAAUCCAUGGUCUUCAAAUGCCUUUCAUUUGUGAGGGCGUUUAAAGAUUUUAUUUUGUAAGCCAAGGAUACCACUUUCCGAGGGCUUCUCCGUUUGCUCAAACUGAAGCUUAUAUUCUUCAUCUCAAUUCCGAUUUUCGUAAUAUAUAAAAUCAAGAUUUCUUUGGCGUGUUUAAGCUGCAUUUUCAGUUAUUUUCAGGUUAUUAAGAGUGUUUACAUAUUGGUGGUUGUAAAAUGAGAAGGUCAGGGCAGUAUGGGGAUGCUGGUGUGAAUCCUAUGAUGGCUGCACAGAUGCAACAAAUGUCAGCACAGAGAAUGCAGUAUAACUCAGGAGUGGGAAAUUUUUCGGGACAUGCAGAUGAAGAGCAUCAGUAUAUCUCUUCAAAAGCUGAGAGGCAGUGGCAGUGGGAUAUGGAUGGUCCUAAAGGAGCAAAACCUAUGUCACCUAAUAUGUAUAAGGAAGGUCAAGGAAGCGAUUCUUCUCGAUCUGCAUACCAAGGUCAAAGACCAGACUCCAAAAUUGGAUUGGAGAAACAAAUGAUUAGAGAUCCAAGAGAUAGCAAAGAAGUUGGCUAUGAUGAGAGCAAUCAUCCCCAGACAUUUGAGGGUCUUGAAGAGAAAUUCCUUGAAGACAUUAUGAAAUUGACCAAAGAACAAGAGGAAGCUGAGGACAAGGAAAAUACUCGGCAUAGAGAGAGACUAAGUGAGAUUAAUACUCAAUAUCAAGAGAAACUGGUAACGGUCCGAGCUCAACAGGCUAGCCUUAGAGAUGAGUUUCUUCGCAAGGAAUCACAGGUUCGCCAUAAGCAAUACCAGCAGGCUAGUAUAAGCAACUACCACCCAAAUGAAGCUUAUGGCUAUGGCUCAGCUGCCUCUGCUGCCGCCGCUGCCGGUCAUGGAGACCCACAUCAAGCAUUUGGCCGAGGUAACAUUGACCCCUACAGAGAAGGGCCAGAGUUUGGUGGGGCUGCUCGGAGCCGCGACUUCGAUCCUCGAGGUCAGUAUCCUGGUGGCAGAGCUUAUAAUUCUGGUGGACGAUAUUAUUGAAGUUUUCUGGAGCAUAGAAGAGUGAAAUAUUCUUUGCUUUCUGCUUUUAAGUGAUCUUCAGAUGGCCAUAUAUAUUGAAGCAGUAGUUAGUGGAAGCUAUUAUGAUCAUAAUAUUGAGCACAUAUAUUAUAGUUCCAUUCCAUUUCUACUCUCUCUGUGUUCGUUGAUCCUAUGUGGGGAACUUGACAUUGUGAUAUGCUUAAUGGGGACAAUAUUUCAAAUCUUUUUCAAACAUUCAGAGAGGUUUUUUAGAAAAAAGUUUUCUACAUGUCAGUAUGAACUAGAAAGUGUUAUCUAGAAUUCGCUAGUUUUCUACUGGGUGGAAGUAAAUUGAUUCGCUUGAUGAGCAGCUUAAUGUU